CACACACAAAGUGCAAAAAUCCCUGCAUCACGCAGCAAAAUGCCAACCCCAGCCUACCUAUCUCCUUCCUUCCUCCUCCCCACCUCCACCACCACCACCACCGCACACGGCGGCCUCCUCCUCCUCUCCGGCAACCACCGCCGACGAUGUCGUCCACGCCACAUGCCAGGUCGUCUCCUCCUCCGGGCUCAGCCCAGGCUGGCCACCGAUGAUGAUGGCGACGGCCGCGAUGGCGGCGAGCUCGUGCGAUCGAGGCGACACGCGUAAGAAGCUGCAGAUAACUGUAGUUUUCCUCGUCCGCACGCUACUGCUCGCGUGUAUAAUAGCCCGCGGGGUGCUCGCGCUGAUACGGGUUGCGUUCCGCGUCGCCGUGGUUGCUCCGGCGAGAAGCCUCGUCGCCGUCGCGGGCGCCGCCUUCUCCGCCGUGAACGCGCGGUGCGCGUGGUGCCUGGAACAGGCGGCGCUCGGGCGGAGCUGCACGGGGACGGUCCUCGGCGACGCGGUGGUGGGCGCCAUGGCGAGCUCGUGGAGGCUGCUGCUGCAGGGGAUCACGUCGCUGGUGUUCCUGUGCGCGCGUGGCGCCGACGAGUACGUCCGGCCGCCACCGAGCCCGCUGGUGCUCACGGCGCACGGCAAGCCGGCGUCGCAUCCUCAGCAGGUGCACAUUUCGAUGGUGGGGGAGAAGAACAUGAGGAUUUCAUGGGUGACCGACGACCUGAACGCGCCGUCCGUGGUGGAGUACGGGACGUCGCCGGGGAAGUACACGGCGUCGGCGACCGGCGACCACACCACGUACCGCUACUUCCUCUACAAGUCCGGCGCGAUCCACCACGCCACCAUCGGCCCGCUCGAGGCGAGCACGACGUACCACUACCGGUGCGGCAAGGCCGGCGACGAGUUCACCCUCAGGACGCCUCCGGCGAGGCUGCCUGUGGAGUUCGUCGUGGUCGGCGACCUCGGGCAGACGAAGUGGACGGCGUCGACGCUGUCCCACAUCGGCGGCGGCGGCGGCGACUACGACGUGCUGCUGCUCCCCGGCGACCUGUCGUACGCCGACACGCAGCAGCCGCUGUGGGACACGUUCGGGCGGCUGGUGCAGCCGCUGGCGAGCGCGCGGCCGUGGAUGGUGACGGAGGGGAACCACGAGAUCGAGGCGCUGCCGGUGGUGGGGAUCGCGCCGUUCGCGGCGUACAACGCGCGGUGGCGGAUGCCGCGGGAGGAGAGCGGCUCGCCGUCGAACCUCUACUACUCGUUCGACGCGGCGGGCGGCGCGGCGCACGUGGUGAUGCUGGGAUCCUACGCGGAGUUCGAGGAAGGGUCGCCGCAGCGGGCGUGGCUGGAGCGGGACCUCGCCGGCGUCGACCGGCGGCGGACGCCGUGGCUGCUGGCGCUGGUGCACGCGCCGUGGUACAACACGAACGAGGCGCACCAGGGCGAGGGCGAGCGGAUGCGCCGCGCCAUGGAGAGCCUCCUCUACGAGGCCCGCGUCGACGUCGUCUUCGCCGGCCACGUCCACGCCUACGAGCGCUUCACGAGGAUCUACGACAACGAGGCUGACAGCCGGGGCCCAAUGUACAUCACCAUUGGCGACGGGGGCAACAGGGAAGGCCUUGCUCUCAAGUUCAUCAAGGGGCACAAGUCGGCGCACCUGUCGGAGUUCAGGGAGGCGAGCUUCGGGCACGGGCGGCUGAGGGUCCUGAACGAGACGAGCGCCGUCUGGACGUGGCACCGCAACGACGACCAGUUCGCCACCGUCCGCGACGAGGUCUGGCUGCACAGCUUGGCCGCCGGCGAGCCAGCUGCUACAGUAGCCUCCGCCGCCGGCGGCGGCGGCGGCCAUCCGGCCGACGAGCUGUAGGCUAUAUAUAUCUCACACUGUUAAGAAUGAAUGGAAGAAAAGGAAACUUCACCACAUUUAGCAUUGUCUUUUAUUUUUUUUCUUUUUCAUCAGCCAUAAACAUUGUCCAUUUGUCCUUGUAAAUCAAUCGUGAUAUCGUGUGUUUCAGCUAGUGUACAGUGUUUUUCUUGUGUUAGACACGUGGUGAAAUAGAAUUUCAGUGUACAAGGCCAACACUGAUGGGCUCAUCUUUUCGCUUAUACUAUUUAUACUUAUCAUCCAAAAUUUGAAGUUUCAGCUUUCAA